AUGCUUAACGCGUUCAAGAUCAAGACGGUCGACCUCGAGCCCGUCUUCGCCGAGUGGAAGGACGCCCCACACUUCAUCGGAAACCCGAAGAAGGACCUUCCGGUCGACGACUGGCUCAAACAGAUCAAGGCAGGUUGUGCCGAGCGCAAGAUCGCUCGCGACUACUGGCACAAGGUCGCCCAGCACUAUUUGGACGGCAAGGCUAAGUCGCGCUUCGAGGAGGUCAAGCUCGUGAUGAAGAACAUGCACGGCGGCAAGUACCACUGGACAUGGAAGAACUUCAAGGUCGCGAUGCGUCAUCUCGGCGGGGACAUCGACACGCAGAAGACAGAGACGAUCAAGGUGGAGAGCAAGUCUUCUGGGCUCUGGUGGAUCGUCGGACGAGGGAGCAGCGACUCCGCCGACGCUGCACUCGUCCAGCCUGUUCCUCCUCGUCCUCCCAUGAAGCGGCCUACGCUCGACUCGUUCGCGGCGACCGUCAAGUCGAUCCCCACGCCGCGCAUGUCCAUGCCGCGCCGCUCGUCAACGAUGGACAGCGUGUCCUCCACUGCGUCUUCAAUCUCCUCUUCCUCAAACUCUACCCCUUCCAACUUUGGUUCCUUCUUCGCCUCCAAGACCCCCUCUCUGUCCUCUUCCCCGGCGUCCUCCGUGGUCGCCACGCCUGCGGGCACCCCUGGUGGCACCGUGACCACAACGUCGCAGGUGCCCGUCUGGCUCCUCAACGCCUGCACGUCGCUCGAGUUCCUGUCCACCGAGCACCCGAAGGCGAUGACCGCGCUCUCCGCCGUGCUCAUCACCGUCGGCUCGUUGCCCGCGCUUCCCGCAAUCUCCGCCGGGGCUGGGGGCGCGUUCCUCGCGAGCAGCGCCGCGCAGGCGAUCGGCUCGAUCGCCGUCGGGCUCGGGACGAUCCUGCAGGCGCAAGCGGACGGCAAGACGGUCGUUGUGCAGGGCGAGCAGGGCAAGGUACUACUUCUUCACCAAGUGUGCUCGGUGACUUCUGGCCGCUCGGACGACACGUGA